AUGUUCAGAGGGACAUACAUGGGGAGCUCUUGGUCAGACUUUGGGCCUGUGAGGGACGUAUGGGUCGAGGCUUUCGGCACAAAACCAUAUGUUGUGCACACACUGGCCAUUGCAGGUGACACAGUGCAGCGCCUAUUGUGGCGGCUCAAGAACGGCGAGCUGCCGAGGAAGAAGCAUCCUCGUGUUGCUGUGGUUCUGAUCGGCUCAAAUGACUUGGCCAGCCCCGAGCGAAUGCCCACAACCCAGAUAGUGGGAAUGGCGGUGCUGCCAAAGGGAGAGACGUGGCCGAACACAUGCAGCAAAGCAAUCACUGCUGCCAAUGCACGGCUGAAGGCUUAUGCAAGGGCCAACAGCCUGUGGCUGCACUAUCUUGACGUGGGAGACAAGUUUCUGACCCAUGUGGACAAUGGGAAUGGGCAGCAGGACAUUGUCCCCUCUCUGCUCACCGCUGACACAGUCAGCCCCAGUUUUUAUGGGAUGCGAGUCAUUGUGAAAGAGCUUGUCCCCCUGAUCGACGUCCUCAUUGCACAAAAGCCCAGCAAGCCCAAGACCGCCCAGGACGGCAGCAAAAUCCACAGAGGUGAAAGGAGAAAAGUGACAAGGCUGGAACGCGCCGGCAGGCGGAAAAGCAUGAGGGACAAAGCAUCUGCCCAAAGGAAAGAGGAACUGGACAGCGCAUAUUAA